AUGAGCCCACAACAGCGACAUCUACAUCAAGACAUCUACAUCAAGACAUCUGCAUCGAGACAUCUGCAUCAAGACAUCUGCAUCAAGACAUCUACAUCAAGACAUCUACAUCAAGACAUCUGCAUCAAGACAUCUGCAUCAAGACAUCUGCAUCAAGACAUCUACAUCAAGACAUCUACAUCAAGACAUCUGCAUCAAGACAUCUACAUCAAGACAUCUACAUCAAGACAUCUACAUCAGGACAUCUACAUCAAGACAUCUACAUCAAGACAUCUGCAUCAAGACAUCUGCAUCAAGACAUCUGCAUCAAGACAUCUACAUCAAGACAUCUACAUCAAGACAUCUGCAUCAAGACAUCUGCAUCAAGACAUCUACAUCAAGACAUCUGCAUCAAGACAUCUGCAUCAAGACAUCUACAUCAAGACAUCUACAUCAAGACAUCUACAUCAAGACAUCUGCAUCAAGACAUCUACAUCAAGACAUCUACAUCAAGACAUCUACAUCAAGACAUCUGCAUCAAGACAUCUACAUCAAGACAUCUACAUCAAGACAUCUACAUCAGGACAUCUACAUCAAGACAUCUCACGGCCUUCACUCACUUGCGUCGGCUGCCUCGUUCCCGGCGGCAUGUAG